AUGUCUUUCGCACACAGCUCGAACCGCGGCGAACGCCCCACGGGAAGCCACCAACCUCAUCAAAACACGAAUGCCGAUGAGAAACCAACCACAUCCAUCGAAGCCAGCCAGUCAGGCGGCCCUGCUGUCCACGAGCGUAUCACGGCACAUGGCCUUCCCGUACUCGACUCCCCCGAGCCUUGGUCCAGAACCUGGCAAUCAAGACUCUCGUCGGCGGCGAAGGAUGCCGAGGCAUUACAAACGGACCAAGAAGCGACGGAUGAUAAGCUUGAAGAACUCGACCUCCGACAGCCCUCCUCGGAAGGUGGUGCUGCAGACCAUCAUAAAGGAAAGGACAUCGAGGAAGUCGAGGCUGGGAACCCGAAUGCCUCUGUCACAUGGAAGCCGACCUCCGUCAUUCACGGCAACGACAAUCUUGCGCAUCUCCUAUCCGACGGCCUGGAGCACUCCAUCCACCAAAUUGCCACGGCGAAUGAAGCGCCGCACCCGCCGACUCCUGCCGAGAGAGCGCAGCGGCGAGCCUCGCGACCUUCGAGCGUCCUCGAUAACCUCCCCAACCUGGCUUCCGAACUCAGCGACUUCCUCGCAGAAUGCAAAGCCGCUUUGCCGCAAAUCUUUCCAUACAACUACCCUCUCCUGUCCGUCCACUUCCGGUCCAUCGAGAAUUUCCUCGAUCUGGGCCCCGAAAUCAUCGAUGGAAUUUGCUGCAGCUGUGAGUUCAUGAGCCAAGAUCGGCAGCCAGAGCUGCUCGCAGCGUGGGAUGCAGUGUACCGUCCUCUUGUCGCAGCCAUGGAGAGGGAUAUCGGUAGAAACCUGCGCGGAUUUGAUCAUGUCUUUGGCUACUUCUCGACCUCGCCGUCCUCGCCGAUGUACGACGGGACGAUGGACGUGAAAUGGAUGGAGGACAGACCAAAGCGUCUGUUGACGUUCGCGAGGCAGAUGUUGCGUUAUGUGCAGAUUCUCGACGAGGCGAAGGCGGCGGUGCUGGAGGUGUACCCGGAGUGGCAUGAUGCGGUCGAGAACUUCACCGAAGAUGACUGA